AUGGGAAAAAGAACAAAAUGUGAAUAUCAUUACGUAAGGACAAACAGAGGUGUGUAUAUAGGAGGUAUAAAAAAUAAAAAAAGAAAUGGAUGGGGAAUUGCAAUUAACAACAAUGGAAACAAGUAUGAGGGACUGUUCGAAAACGACCAAAAACAUUUAUUUGGAUCAGAACUUCUGUGUUGCUUGUACAGUCACAACUACAAACAAAAUAAAAAGAAUGUAGAGGAAAAUAGUGAAGACGAAUUUGCAAAAGGAAAUGUAUGUCUUCACGAAAAUAGAUAUAUAUACAUAGGGAGUUACAGAGAAGGAAAAAAACAUGGGAAUGGUAUUUUAAUUGAUUACAACACAUACGCUAUGUGCAGUUGUAUAUUUCUAAGGAAUGAAAUAAUAUAUAAAGAUGUUUUAUUUUCUUUAGUGAAUGAUCUCCCGUGCAAGCAUAAAAAAGAAGACUUAUGUACUACCCUUUGUGGGAAAAGAAGAAAUGAAGGGGAAAAGUGUAAUUUUUAUCCAUUCAGAAAUGAUAAGAUAAAAAUGGAAGAAGUGACAAAGGGUGAUAAAGUGAAGAACGAAAGUAUGAAAAACGAAGGUGUGAAAAACGAAGGUGUGAAAAACGAAGCAACUGAAGAAGAAAACUUAGCAUACCACAAUCCAGACACUACUGAAAAAAACAAAAGAGAGAGAGAUGCUCACUUUAUAGAAAAUCAGUACAAGUACAACAUUUUUAACUACAUUCAUUUUUAUCAACAGUUAAUGCAAAAAAUGAAAAGAGAAGAUUCCAGUGAACUCUUUCCCCAUUCGAAAUGUAAAAGAGAAGUAUAUUUUAAAAAUAUUUUGAGAAAAAAAUUAUCAAAAAGUAUGCUGCAGAAUGUGCAGGAUAAAAAAGACAAGAAUGAAUUUUACCUUCCUCGUUCUAAGAGUAAAAUCCCAGUUAUUAUAUCGAAAAGAAAUUAUCAAAUUGUGGAAUCAGCCAAUAAACAAAGCGAAAAGGAUGACAAUGAUUUUUUUUUAAAUAAUGAACUUCAAAAUAAUUUUGAAAACAUGGCAGUGAAAAAUAUGUUAAUGGAAUCAGCCCCAAAGAUUAAAUGGGUAAAUAAUAUAUGUAAUGAAGAAACAAUUGAAGGUACUUCAUUUCGCCCAAAUGAAACCGCUCAUGAUAUUACAGAAAAUAACUCUGAAACAUAUGAUGAAAGUUUACCCAAUGGUAGUAUUAGAAAUGAUAAUAACGAUACGCAUGUCAGUGUUCUAAGAGGGAUUCAUAAAAUGAAUCCGUUUGAAAAGAGAGAGAAUGAUCUCAAUGAGGAUGUAAAAUGUUGUAACGUUGUAUCGAGAAGUGCAUUGGUUGCGAAACUGCUUGAUCCGUUAAGCAAUAAAAAUGUCAUACCUACCAAAGGCGAUGGGGAAAGAGGCGAAGGAAAGGAAUCAUUUGUCAUGGGAGACGAGGACAGCAAGGGGUUACACAUACGAGGGAAGGAAAACGCUGAACACAUUUCGGAUGACGACAAAUUUGUAAAUUGCACUUUUAGUAAACGAAAUGUGGGGACCUCUACCGCUUUUAUUAACAUCGAAAGCGAAAAGCAAUCAGGUAAGACGUGCAACAGAAGCUCCUCGUCUGCAUGCAUUUUUUCCUUUUCGCAAUCGAGAAAAAACAGCAAGGCAUUUUUUUUUUCCAAGGAAAUGGAUAACUGCGUGGAAAGAAGAAAUGUAAUUGCCAAAAGAAGGGUUAGUACACUGAAAAGUGGAAAAAAGGAUGAUAUAGUAGAAAUAAAUAAUUUUGGUUAUAAGGACACGGGCAGAAGUGUUAAUAGUGGUAGUAGUGCUAUUAGUAGUGAUUCCCACAUAAGGGACAAACAUAACGGAAAAGGGUGUCGAGAAAUAGAAAGUAAUGGUAAGAAUGAUGAAGACAUGCAAAUGAAUGCUCAUAAUAUCAAUAUAGGAGAUGGGAUCCCUAGUAGGAGUAGCAGUUUUUACAAAAUUAGCUCAAGUAAUAUUGAUAUUGGAAAAAGGGUAGACAGAAACACCACUGUCGACAAUGUUAAGAAUGGUGAGAGGCAUACCAAGGAAAAAUCAACAUAUCGAAGAAAGAAAGAAAAGAGGAAAGGAGAAACAAAUAUAAAGUGUAAGAUUGAUAAGGGUACUAAUCCAUUUUUGAAGCAUAAAAAUGAUGAUGAGUUGAAGAAAGAAAUAGAAUGCAUGUUACCAAAAUGUUUAAAGAAGGGAAGAAGAAGAAGAAGAAAGUGCAUAUCAUAUGCCCAAAAUUGUAUAUAUUGGAACGUAUUUGAGUUGAAUUUUUUUUUAUUUUUUAUUGGAAUACCAAAAAAAAUGAUAGAAAUUUUUAUACGAAAUGAUAUGGAUGGAUAUUGUUUAAAAUAUAUGGAAAAUAAAUUACUAAAACGCAUGGGUAUACGUGAUAAGAUGACAAAAAAAUAUAUCACGUUGUGUGUACAAUAUUUGUUACGAUUAAGAGAAAAAUAUAAAUAUAAAAAAAGAAGCAAAAAAAUAAAUUCCCAAAUUGAUGAGAAACUUUUUCUUUUAAAAAAAAGAGAAUUACAUUAUCUAAAUUUGAUAGGAAGAGGAGGACAUAGUAAUGUAUACCGAUGUGUAUAUGGCGAUAAAUUGUUAACAUAUAAUGAUGAUUAUUUAUAUAUAAAACAUUCAAUUAAUAAUAUUGCUCUAAAACUAUGUAAUGACAAAAAAUAUAGUUAUGAAUUUUGCUCCGAACUUGAGAUUUUAUCAACGCUAAGGCACCCAAAUGUUUCGUUAUUUUUAGGUGCACUAAAAUCGCCUCAAGGAAUAGCAUUAGAAUAUAUUAAAUGUGGUAGUAUAUUUGAUUUAAUACAUAAACAUAAGAUAAAAAUAAAAUUAAAGGACAUAAUGAAAAUGUGUAAAGAUAUUACUGCCUUUAUGUGCUUCCUACAUUAUAAGGGUAUAUUACAUUGUGAUUUAAAAUCAUCAAAUAUUUUACUGUCCACAUCAGGCCAAAUAAAAAUUUGUGAUUUUGGCCUAUCUGUUCAAAAUUUUUACCAAAAACCAAAAUUUCUUGGGAUCAUUGGUACAUAUCAGUGGACCGCACCUGAGAUAUUAAGAGGUGAAGGUUACACACAACAGGCAGACGUAUAUUCAUUUGGUGUUAUAUUAUGGGAAAUGAUACAUAGAAAAAUACCCUUUCAUGAAUUGAAACAUCCUUUGGACAUUAUUGCAUACGUUGGCUAUGCCAAGAAACAGCUAGGUAUAAGCAAGGAUAUACCUUCCCCGAUUAGAUACAUAUUGAAAAGAUGCUUACAUAGAAAUAAACACAAAAGGAAAUCUUUUUUUUUUUGGUCUGAGUAUUUUGAUAUGUUCCACGAGACCAAGGUCUUACAUAAUGCAAGGGUAAAGGAAAACAUGGAUUUCAUUUUUGGUUAA